AUAAUUUUCACAUUUAGUCGUUAAUAUUUUUGAAAAAGUUUCGGAUUAUCAUUUUAAUAAUGCAGAAACUGUUUGCUAUACUUUGCGUCAGUGUGUCUUUGGAGCUGGUUUAUUCAGUUGUUUCCAGACAAAAGCCCGUAGAAAAACCAGCUGAAUUUGCAAGCGAAGAAGGAUGCUAUAAUCCGGACCUAAAUAUGGUGUUGCCAUACAACGUGACUUACUCGUCUCCUGACCAGACUAUGUGCAAGGGAUAUUUGUGCGAAAUUUCUGGAUUCACUCAAAUAUUUACUUGCGGAGUCGUCGUGGGUCCAGAAGGCUGUGAAGUUAUCCCAGGGGAUGUAUCAAAACCCUAUCCAGAUUGCUGCAGCACCAUAUCGUGCGAUCCAUCUUCAGAUGGCACUGUGCUGGCCGUGGCCUGAACUGUUGAAACAUGAUUUAAAUAAACAUUUUAAUUUUUAA